AUGUGGAUGGGACUUGCGAUGAUCACUUUUAUGUGGGAGCGAGAUCGGGAGUUGAGAGAUGGUGAUGGGACUGCUUGGACGGCGAGGAUAGUUCGGUGGGAUAGCUUCGAGGGAGCUACUGUUACAUGUAUAAGAUUAAUCUCUUGGUCACGCGAACUGAUUCCUAGAACCCAUCCUAAAUAUAGAAA